AUGUUACCCGUCGCGGUUCAGCAUGCCCACAGCCGACGGCAAACACAGGCAGCCGGGUUCUGUCAUGACCCCCCAUGCGGCAUGCCCGUCGAGUCGAUGGCCAUCCAGGCCCUACGCCAUGACUGUUCGCCGCCUCCUGGUCUGAUGGCCGCCGUGACAGACAAGAUACCAGGGAGCACUUUUUUGGAUUUUGCGGCACGAAAGACCUCCGCGGCACGAGCGGCUACUCCUACCGGUCCCGCUGUGACUGAGGUGGCGACCCAAAUCCAAAACCGUUGCGUCGUCAGCGGUGAGGGUGGCGGCAAGAGUGGUGAUUUGUGCCGAUGUUAUCGUGUUUGGCCCUGUCUUCAUAGUCUGAGUUACCACGCGUGGAGCCUGUACAUGCCUUAG